AUGUCGUCCGGUGACGCGCAGCUAUUCGAAGAGACCUUCGUGGUCACUGACUACAACCAGGCCAAGUACGACCGUGUCGCUCGUAUCACAGCCACCUCGAACGACAACGCCACGCAGAUGACUCUGGAUAUCAACAUCGAGCUGUUCCCCUGCCGAGUUGGCGACCCGCUGAACGUUGUGCUUGCGACCACACUGAGUCUCGACGGCAAGCAGGGCGAGGAGGAGCGCGGCUGGAGGGAUAUCAAGGCCGGUACCGAUACCGCGAGUCUAGCAGACAGCUUCGACUAUGUGUGUCAUGGCAAGAUUUACAAGUUCGAGGAUGGCGCAGACGGUCAAAGCAUCAAGGCCUAUAUCUCCUUCGGCGGGCUGCUCAUGAUGCUCGAGGGUCCCUCCAAGAAGCUUCUGCCCUUGAGGGUCGACAACACUUAUCUCCUGGUUAAGAAAUAA